GGGAGGAGAGGAAAGGAUGGGAGGCUGAGAGAGGGAGAGAGAGAGAGAGGUGGGGAGAUAGUGGAACACGUUUUUCAUCCAAAGCUCUGUUUUUUCCAGAGCCCAUCGCUUCUCGGCUCAGCGCAGUUCCCCAUUGUUUAAUCUGAGAGCAGAGAAAGAAAAGCUCUGCGCUCGUUCAUUUAACGCAUUCAGGAACUCGUCUUAUCCCCCCCUCUUUUUAUUCCUUUUUUAGAUUUUUUUUAUCUGACGCUCGAUUUUCGCCGCUCUGAAUGCUGCAUUCAUAGUCAACUUCUCCGAUUUCCCCCCACUUCAGACUUGAGCUGCAUGAUGAACAGUUUGGGGGCACCUUUCAAUCGCAUACCUUUGGAAUGGUGGGGAUUACACAGCCGACACCCGGGGAGCAUGUGAACGCAGAUGGAGUUUGGGAUUUAUUGCCAAACAAGGGAAAGAUGACCGUCUUCUCAUUGUGCUUGCUCUUGUGCGCAGAUCUACUGGAUUUAGCCGUGGGAUAUUUGACAGUUACCAUAGAGCCCCUGCCUCCUGUUGUUGUGGGUGAGACCGUUACCCUCAAGUGUAACUUCAAAACUGAUGGAAGACUGCGAGAGAUUGUUUGGUACAGGGUCACAGAUGGAGGUACCAUCAAGCAGAAAAUCUUCACCUAUGAUGCAAUGUUUAAUACAAAUUAUUCUCACAUGGAGGACUACCGCAGACGUGAGGAUCUUGUGUACCAAUCGACUGUCCGCACCACCAAAUAAUAUAUCAGUGGUGGCAGAGAACACUCCAGCCCCCUUCAGUCGAUACCAAGCCCAGAAUUUCACUCUUGUGUGCACUGCGAAAGGCGGGAAACCUGCCCCAUCGGUGUACUUCAAACGUGAUGGCGAGCUAAUAGAGGUAAUUUCCUACACUGAACCCUCCACCAUCGAGAGAGGAGGAAGCUCAGCGGGAGUAAGAGGCGCCCGGCCGCUCAUCAGCAGGGACCUUGACGACACCAAACUGCAUCGGUCCCUGUCCCUUCUCGACCCCGAAGGCCGGUCGGCUCGCCUGUACACAGAGAGCCCUCAGCGCUUUCACACUCAGGGCCAACAGGCCUAUGAGCCGAGUCCUGCGACAGAGGUCAUCCCAGAGACAGUGGUGAGCAGGGAGUUCCCCCGCUGGGUACACACCACGGACCCUUUGUACUACUUUAGCCACACUCACAUCCCCCAGAGCGACGGCUCUGUGGUGGUGCAGGCCAGACUCACCUGGACCCUCAACCCUCAGCUGGAUAAUGACGCCCUAUUCAGCUGUGAAGUUAAGCACUCAGCGCUGUCUAUGCCUAUGCAGACAGAGGUCACUUUAGCUGCUCCUAAAGGUCCCAAACUCUUUAUGACCCCCAGCAGGGCAAAGGUAGGGGACACAGUGUACAUCACUGUGCAAGGAUUUCAGAACGAAGUGUUUCCUGAGCCGCUCUUCACCUGGACGCGAGUGGGAGGCCGCCUGUUGGACGGCAGCACUGAGCGAGARGGGAAGGUGCUGGUUCUGGAGAGAGUGCCAGCAGAACUUAAUGGAUCCAUGUAUCGCUGCACAGCCCAGAACCCUUUGGGUUCGACAGAUACCCACACCCGUCUCAUAGUUUUUGAAAAUCCAAGCAUGAUGAAAAACACGCAGAAUCCAAACA